AUGAAGUCGGCCCAAUAUGUUCCUCAACUCGUCGCAAGCCUCUCUCCUACGCCUACAAUAGAGAUCCGUCUAACCAGUAAACAAACAGUCUUCACAACCGGCGAAACACUCCAGGGCGAACUGGUCCUUUACCGAAGAAAUGCUCCCCAAAGCGCUCGCGUCUCCAUAACAUUGAUUGGAAGAACAUCAACAACUGUAACCAAGACCACGCCCUUCCCCAACAGUGGCAGUAUAGUGGACUACACCUUUCUCCAAAUGCACCACAUUGAAACCCAGGGAUCAUGCCAUGAUUAUCGCAUCUUCCCUUUCUCAUUUCUCAUCCCUGGUGCUCUUCCAUCCGACCCAUGCUUUGAGCAUAUUCCGCCUGGAACGGCUGCUCAUCAUGGAAAGAAUCAUCUCCAGUUACCCCCGAGCGUGGACUAUAACUCGGAUAAAUACUGUCCUGAGAUGUGCAAUAUUAUCUACUACGUCCAUGCCGAGGUCGACAUCGGCAAUCAGCGGCUUCAUGCCACACGGCAGAUCCAGCUCCUCCCUCUGUACCCUGAACAGCCACCUCGUCUGUGGCCAGAGGGGGAAGGUAGUGAGAUCCAGAUGGCCGAUUCAACAGGGCUUCGGACGAGUCUCCUGGGUGCGAAAACGGGGCACGUCACGGUGCGUGCGCGAGAGGCAAAGCCGCUCUACCUACCUCCGGAUCAACGUCAUGGAUCAACUAUGGCUCCUAUCCGCUUCGAUCUCAGUCUUGAAAGCGUCCUUCCGGAGCCCACUUUGCCAGACAGUUGUCAGGUAAAGGUCACUUUGGAGGCUGUGACGUAUUUUACUUUGCUGCCAAUGGACCAACUGCCGAACUGGCAGAGCACAGUUAACGGACAAGGACAGUUUUUUCGGGCGAGUGUGUGCUCGUGGAAGAAUAAGUCCGUUGGUCUGCAGUGGAUUGAGAAAGCAGACUACUCUCACACUACUAGUAUUGUCGUGCCAAUACCGGUAUCUGGCGAUGUGGCUAUCGUCCCGACCUUCCGCCACUGUUAUGUAGCCAGGGAAUAUUUUGCGAAAGUUGAAGUGACAGUGGGUUAUUCAAGGACGUUGCGAGUGAAAGUGCCCAUUCAGAUCUAUAAUUCACUCGAAUGUUAA